UUACAGACUUGGGGAUUCGAAACUAGAUAAAUUCUUCGUAUGGAUUACAAUCAGAUGAAAAUCCUCAUCACCUGUAUUACUAUUCUCUUUGGAACGAUUCAAGGGAGCCUAGCGAGUGCAAAUUCUUCAUGUCGGAACAGGAUAGCCUCGUGGAAAGGAACAUUCGUUUCUACUGGUUAUAAAUCCGGUUAUCCCGCAAACAUGGACUGCUAUUGGUUGGUAACUGUUCAACAAGGAAACAUCAUUGAGAUAACAUUCAAAGAUUUCUCGGUCAAGGAAUCGCUAAACUGUACAAAGGAUUACGUUGAGCUUCACGAUGGACCCGAAGUUACAAACACUUCAAGAAUAUCCAGACUUUGUGGUUCAUCUUUAACACGAUCAGUGUUUACGUCACGUGGUCAUGUCAUGCUUAUACGCAUGCGUACUGAUGCUACCGGAAGUYAUCGUGGCUUUAAAAUGACACAUCAAGGGCUAUGUCAUGUCAAUCUAACGUCAUCACACGGUGUCAUACGUUCCCCUGGAUACCCUAGUGGUCAGGGACCAAUCACGUGCGACUGGUUGAUUGACCGAGGUCCUGGGUAUUACACGACAAUUACAGUUGAUGUCUUUUCUUUUAAUAUUAAUCACACAAACUGCGACACCAAUUACGUCAAGAUUUAUGAUGUUCAGAUGGGUAGUCACGAUGUUCUGACCUUAUGUCGAUAUGCAAACUUCACAAAUAUCACGAUAAAGGGACCAAUGAGAGUAUCCAUGGUGAUUGAAAAGAGAAACAUAUACACUGGAUUGCAGAUUAGCUUUAACACCUCAGACAUAGACAAAUGUGCCAACAAAUCGAUGAACAUAUUGCCUUGCAUCAAGACAGCCAGAUGUGAUAACAAGAAAGGGUUCUUUUCAUGUACCUGCAAUAAAGGGUAUCAAGGAAACGGCCAAAGCUGCUCAGAUGUGGAUGAAUGCCUGACCAAUAAUCACAAUUGCCAUCCCAAUACUACUAUCUGUUUGAACACACCAGGAUCGUUCAGUUGUCCUUGUAAAACGGGUUAUGUUGGAUCGCACAACAACUGCACCGAUAUCGACGAAUGUGCACUGACAAAACAUAAUUGCCAUGCCAAAGCUGAGUGCACCAACUCUAACGGGUCGUUUAUAUGUCAAUGCAUAAAGGGAUUCCGUGGCAAUGGAGUUAGCUGUUCUGACAUCAACGAAUGUUUAGAGAGAAGUCAUAGUUGUCGUGCGGGUUCAAUAUGCAUUAACAAGGAGGGUUCUUAUACCUGUCCGUGUAGAGAUGGAUUCGAGUAUAACCGAAACACUGCGCAAUGUAUUUCAGGAGUUCUAACUUUACCACCACCCAUGGAAACAGAAAAAACACUUUCACCGGUGGAAAUAACAGGCAUUGUGAUUGGUGCAGUGCUAUUUUUGACCUUAGUUGGACUGACCGGUUGGUACUUACAUAAAAGGAAUCCAUGUAAAGGUAGCCGAAGCUCUUACGCCUCAGAAGGUGAAGAUGUUGCCUAUUAUCAAACCGAUCAUACAGCGUCACGUGAUUAUGAAUUCCAUAAUUUAAGCUUUCAUGACGUAGGUCAUCAACCAAAGAGAUACUCUGAUCAAGUGCRUGCUUAUGGCAACUACAUCAUCGAAGACCAAGCACAUUACCAUGACAACGACGUUCACCGAUUUGAACCCGGCUUUGAUCAACUGGAGUCGGUCGAGGUUUGAAGGAUUCCUGUGGUGUAAAUUACCAUGGGCACGAAUCACAGAAAAAAUUUAUCGAAGAAAACCAUCAAACAAUAGUUGUAUAACAUGGAUUUUGGUCCAGUAGACAAAAUCAUGAGCUUGAAGGUGUGGUACAUUUAAGAUGAGCUUUUUGUUAUCGCAACGAAUAGGUCAAGAUUUCACGGCUAAUUUGUAAAUAUAUCAGUGGAGGAUUUCAAAUCAUUUUAUUGUAUACAGUGCUUGAUUUACUAAGUAUUUAUUCACA